AAAACCACCCCCUAACCACAGUGUUUAAACACCUAAUCCCACAAAUUAACAUAAACUAAUCAGCCCAUGUUACCAAAAAAGUCAACUUUGCUCUCUCUAAUUUUUUUUUUAAGUAACCUCUCUCUCUCUCUAAUUGAGCGACCCUUCUCAUCAACAUAAACUUCCAUCACUACCCACUCCAUUUUUUGGUCCCUUGUGAAGUCCCAACUCUCGAAGCCACACAGGACAAUCAUGAAGGCACCGAUGACACGGCGGUGGUGGUGUUGGUGGGCGGUGGUGGUGACUGUUAUCGUGGUUUUAAAACCGGCGAGAUCAGACCCACAAAUUGAGCUGAUAAAUGAUGGAUGCAGUCAGUACAAUGCCACCAACCUGUCGGAUUUUUUUAGCAACCUUAACGCCACCUUCUCGGACCUCAGAAACCAGCUUUCUACUGAAAAUAAGAAAUUUGCGACGGCGCAGCAAGCGAGGAGCUCCAACCCCGUCUACGCCAUGGCUCAGUGCCGGAACUACCUCUCCACGGCCGACUGUGUUGCUUGCUAUGACGCUACGGUGGCUCAGAUAAGAAACUGCUCGGCGGCGAACGGCGCUCGUGUUAUAUAUGAUGGGUGCUUUCUCAGGUAUGAGAGCAAUAGCUUCUAUGAUCAGACCACUCUCCCAGGAAACAGUCAAAUAUGUGGCAAUCGGACUGAGACUCAGGCAACAGCUUUUGAUACAGCAGUGACCGGGUUGAUAUCUGAUCUUGUAGUCGCAACACCCAAGAUUAAUGGUUUCUUUGCAGCGUCCCAAAGGGCAGUGGCCGGUGGGGGUGUAACAGUGUAUGCCAUUGCACAAUGCGCGGAAACUGUGAGCCAGACUGGUUGCCAAGAUUGCUUGACCGUGGCACGUGGUAACAUACAAGCUUGUCCUCCUAAUGCAGAUGGAACGGCUUUUGAUGCCGGGUGUUUUCUAAGGUACUCAGACACUGCCUUUUUUGCUGAUAACCAGACCAUCAAUAUCACGCCAUUCCUCGGAGGAGGAGGUUCAAGCAAAAAGAAAGCCAUUAUUGGGGGAGUGGUUGGAGGUGGAGGCUUUAUUUUGCUCAUACUCGGCAUCUUCCUGUGGUAUCAGUUAACAAAAGCACCAAAGGCAGCAAAAAGAAGAGGUAAUAUACUAGGGGCAACUGAGUUGCAAGGCCCAGAACAGUACAGCUACAAAGAUUUGAAAUCUGCAACAAAGAAUUUCAGUGAAGAAAAUAAACUUGGAGAAGGGGGUUUUGGUGACAUAUACAAGGGCACCUUGACAAAUGGAAAUGUUGUUGCUGUGAAGAAACUAGCCAUAGCCACUAGUAGAGCAAAGGCAGAUUUUGAGACUGAAGUGAGGCUUAUAAGUAAUGUUCAUCACCGGAAUCUCAUCCGUCUCUUGGGAUGCAGUACCAAAGGACCAGAUCUACUUCUUGUCUACGAAUUUAUGGCGAACGGAAGCCUUGACAAAUUCUUAUAUGGUGAAAAGCGAGGAGCUCUUAACUGGAAACAACGGUUUGAUAUAAUCUUCGGCACAGCUAGGGGCCUUGCCUAUCUACAUGAGCAAUUCCAUGUAUGCAUCAUCCACAGGGACAUAAAACCCAGCAAUAUUUUGCUGGAUGAUUUUUUCCAGCCCAAAAUUGCUGAUUUUGGUUUGGCAAAACUUCUACCUGAGGAUCAGAGUCAUCUUAGCACCAGAUUUGCUGGGACCUUGGGUUACACAGCUCCAGAGUAUGCCAUCCAUGGACAGUUGUCUGAGAAGGUUGACACAUACAGCUUCGGUGUUGUUGUUCUCGAAAUCAUAAGUGGCCGGAGGACCACAGAAGUGAUGAGUGAUGAGACUGUCUCUGAAUUCCUCCUUGAACAGGCAUGGAAACUGUACGAAGCUGGCAUGCAUUUGAAGUUGGUUGAUGAUACCUUAGACUCAAGUGAAUACAAUGCAGAAGAAGUGAAGAGAAUCAUAGAGAUUGCUCUGAUGUGCACUCAGUCACCCGUUUCUGCCCGACCAACAAUGUCCGAAGUCGUCGUUUUACUUUGUAGUGAUCGUUCACUAGAGCAGAGACCGCCGACGAGGCCUACCUUCAUUGACUCCGAUAAGAGAAUUGUUGUGGACACAACUACAUCGACGCAGUCGCUAACAUCCAAUGCCACUGCCUCAUUCACUGAGUUCGCCGGACGUUAGCCUGUCCAGAUCAAUGAAUACAGAAUCGAUUACAGGGUUUUCAUUUGUUACAGCUUGCUUCUCCACUAGCCAUGCCAUAUUAUCAUGAUCAAAGGGAAUUUCUUAGCCUUUUUUACGCGGCAAGCACUUACCCUAUCAAAAUGAAGUCAAAGCUUGUCCAAAUUAGUAAUAAAGGGGGCCCACUAGCCGCUGACGUUUUUGUUUUGAUGAAUUAAAGAUCCUGCUAGUUUAAAUUUUGUGACCAUGUCUGCAAAAAAUUGUGUUGUUUGUAAUAAGAACUUGACAUGUGUACUUUUUUUAGGAGUAAUCAGUUGUUUUACAUAUAGUUUCAAUUCUAUUAUUUCUCGAGGUAUCAAAUUUGAGUCUUAUUGUACGCCAGUUUUGUUUUAUGAAUGACCUUUGAUUGUAUAUAUCAUUCAUGUGUGAGAGGGUG